UCUAAGAAUUAUUUUCCGUGUACGAAAUAAUUACUCACUGUAAACAAAUUGUGUCUUAUCUGACCAAGGGUCAAGAGAGAUUACUUCAACGAACGUGUUUAGCUGUUCAUGCUGAGCAUAUGUUAUUUUCACAAAUUUCAGUGUUCGAGUGAGAGUCGUUUCAGCGAAUUCGUUGUGUGUAAAACUUUUAUGAGCAAAACUAAUAAUGAAAUUUUGGAUCUCGAAUUGUGUCGUUGGUUUGGUGUAUUUGUUUGUUUUUUGUGAUGCGAGUAAACACAGUGUUGGACAUAAUUAUGAUUAUGCAAUUCGACUCGCCUAUGAAAGGACCUUCAUCGACGAUAAUAAUAAGAUUCCGAAAAAUUACACCAUAAUCUACAAGUAUUUCGGUGCUAAAUACAAGGAAAUUGCAUUUUUAGAGUUUGAUGUAAAUGUGGAAAGUGAUGGUUAUGUGACUUCCUCCGGCAAUCAUAAAUUUAUUGAUGCUCAAAUUUACAUAAAAAAUGCGUUAAACGUCACUGCCACUUUACGAAUUUAUAGAUUCGGACUCGUAGAAUUGCCACAGUUCAAUUGGCUUCGCAAAGAUUAUGAGACGAAGAGCAUGACCUUCGUAUACAAGAAAAAUACCGACUCAUCGAAAAAGAAGCCAUUCGCCCAAAAUGCUGUAGGACGACGUCGAGAAGGAGAUUCGUUACUUCACUUUGAAAGUCGCAACAUAACGAACAGUAGCCGCUUCCCGAGUCGAGCUUUUGAAUAUUCGGGAUCUGAUUUCAUUACGUAUGUUGGAUUCUCCUUUAAUUCGCCCACGGCAAUGGCUAUGAUUAACACAUCCUUCAUUGGCGAACAAGAAUUCAACGCUGUUGCAUAUGAUAUGAACACCGAACAUUUCGUAGCAAAUAUGUCAGUUUAUGGUAUCACUGGUCGAACUCUUAGACCAUACCAAUUUGAAGGUGUGAUAUAGGUGUUGACUGUUGGUCAUGAUUUCUUCGUGUAAUCUUCUUGUAAAACUAACUUAUUUGCAAAUGGUACAACAAUGAAUUGAGAUGUAACA